CUAAAUCAAGUCUUCCACUAAGUCAAGUCUACGCAUUUAGUCUUUCCCUUUUGUUUGGUUUGUACAUUAUAAAUUGUCUUGUUUCCAUUCGAAUUUUGUUUAUGAAUGUGAGAAGUAACAAUUUGAGUGUUAGAGAGAGGAAGAUGAUGAGUAUGAAAUUAGUUGGAACAAUCUUUGUGUUGUUGCAGUUGCAGUUGCAGCUUCUUCUUUAUUCCAACAAUUAUGGAGUUGCUUCAGCAGGUUGCAUAGAUAUGGAGAGACGUGCUCUCCUUCAGUUGAAGGCAAGUCUUGUGGAAAAUGACAUUAAUGACCUUUUGCCUUCAUGGGACAACAAGAGUUAUGAUUGCUGUGAAUGGAAAAGAGUCGGUUGUAGCAAUCAAACUGGCCAUGUUGAAAUGCUUCAUCUAUAUGGCGAUCGGUUUGGUCGUUUUCGAGGCGAUAUAAACGCAUCAUUGUUGGAGUUGCGGCAAUUGAAGUAUUUGAACCUUAGUUAUAAUCGGUUUUCAAACAGUAAAUUUCCAGAAUUAUUUGGUUCUCUAAGCAACUUAAGGUUCCUUGACCUCCGAGCUUCAUUUAAUGGGGGAAGAUUUCCAAAUGAUAUUUCUCGUCUAAGCAACUUGCAAUAUCUUGAUCUUUCAUAUAAUAUUCUCAAGGGUACAAUCCCUCAUCAAUUUGGAAAUCUCUCUCAUUUGCAGUACCUUGAUCUUAGUUGGAAUGAUCUCGUUGGAACCAUUCCUCAUCAACUUGGAAGCCUUUCAAAUCUGCAGUACCUUGAUCUUGGAUGGAAUCUCUUGAGCGACAAGAAUGAUGUUGGAGGUGAGUGGCUUUCUAAUCUCACUCUUUUAACUCAUCUUGACUUAACUUAUAUGCAAAAUCUCAAUUCUUCUCGUCUCUGGCUGCAAACAAUUGCUAUGCUUCCAAAUAUACAAAUAUUGUACCUAUCUGAUUGUCAUCUUUCUGAUCUUUCUCCCUUCCAUCCAAUCUUCAAUUUUUCUAGUUCUCUUAAAAUCCUUGAUCUUUCGCGCAAUGCAUUCACAUCUUUCAAAAUAUUUGAAUGGGUGUUUAAUGUCGCCUCCAACUUAACCGAGCUUGAUCUUAGCGAUAACCUUUUGCAAGGCUCCAUUCAUUGUGAUUUUGGAAACACAGUGGGAAAAUCUCUUGAGCGACUUGACUUGAGUGGUAAUUUUCUACAGAUUUUGGAAUCCUUUAGUCAUAUUUGUACUUUACACUCACUGCGUGUUGAUGAGAACAAUUUGAAUGAAGACAUUUCAACUAUUCUUCUCAAAUUGUCUGGUUGUGCUAGACACUCACUGCAAGAUUUGAGUUUAAGUGGCAACCAAAUAAGUGGCUCAUUUCCAAACCUUUCGACAUUCCCUUCUCUAAUAGCAAUCGACCUUUCCUAUAAUCUGAUAAGUGGGAAGGUAACAGAUGGUGACAUAUUUUUUCCAUCUAAAUUGGAGUCUUUAAUGUUUGCAAACAACUCUUUAGAAGGUGGAAUUCCAAAAUCAUUUGGUAACUUAUGUUCGUUAAGGUCAUUAGACAUGUCAAGUAACAAGUUGAGUGAAGAUCUUUCAGUAAUAAUUCAUGAUUUAUCUGUUGGGUGUGCAAAGUACUCGAUACAAGAAUUAUAUUUGGAUAGCAACCAAAUUAUUGGUACACUACCUGACAUGUCAGUGUUCUCAUCAUUAAAAACAUUGAUACUCUCUCACAAUCUAUUAUAUGGGAAAAUAAUGCAAAAUUCCUCAUUCCCCUAUCAAUUAGAGAGUCUGGAAUUGGAUUCCAAUAAUUUGGAAGGGGUGAUCACUGACUCCCAUUUUGGCAACAUGUCUAUGUUAAAGAAUUUAAACUUGAAUUCCAAUUCAUUAGCUUUAAUAUUCAGUGAAAAUUGGGUGCCGCCUUUUCAAUUGUUUUCCAUAUAUCUAAGGUCUUGUAUAUUAGGGCCUAGUUUCCCUAUAUGGUUGCAGGGUCAAAAAUAUCUCCAAGCCCUUGACAUUUCUGAUGCUAAAAUCACAGACUUAGUUCCAGUGUGGUUUUGGACUCAAUCAACAAAUCUAUUUUUCAUGAAUAUUUCAAACAAUAAUCUCAGCGGUACAAUUCCAAAUUUGUCCGUAAGAUUCUCUGAAGGUUUUCAAGCAAUUCUUAAUUCAAAUCAAUUUGAAGGUUCAAUCCCACCAUUUUUUCGAAGUGCAAUAUUGCUUGAGAUGUCUAAGAACAAAUUUUCAAAAAUUGAUUUGUUCUUGUGUACUAACACUAUGGUUGAUAACUUAUCCAUAUUGGAUAUAUCAAAUAAUCAGUUAUCAAGUCGGCUCCCCGAUUGUUGGGGUCAUUUGAAAGCAUUGGAAUUUAUAGAUUUGAGUGACAAUUCAUUGUCCGGAGAAAUUCCAUCCUCAAUGGGAUCAUUACUUCAACUUAAGGUGUUAAUAUUGCGGAACAAUAGCUUCACAGGGAAGUUACCUUUUUCCUUGAAAAAUUGCACAAAUUUAGGCAUGCUAGAUCUUGGAGAAAAUAAAUUCUCAGGACCAAUACCGUAUUGGUUAGGACAACAAUUGCAAAUGUUAAGCUUAAGAAGGAACCAAUUCUAUGGGAAUCUUCCUCAUAGUCUGUGUUACUUAACAAACAUUCAGUUGUUGGAUCUCUCCGAAAAUAAUAUAUCAGGACCCAUUUUCAAAUGUUUGAAGAAUUUUUUGAAAAUGUCUCAAAAUGUUUUAUUUACUACAUUCAACAAAUCUCAUUUAUUUUAUCGAACCAGAUUCGGAUUUUCAUUUUUUUAUGACAGUUAUGAUUUGACACCAUUGUUGAUGUGGAAAGGUGAAGAACGAUUGUUCAAGAAUAAUAAGCUUAUUUUAAGGAGCAUUGAUCUUUCAAGCAAUCAAUUGAUAGGAAACAUUCCAGAAGAAAUAGGAAAUUUGGUAGAGUUGGUGUCAUUGAAUUUAUCAAGCAACAAUUUGAGUGGAGAAAUUACUUCAAAGAUUGGAAAAUUAAAAUUACUUGAAUUUCUCGACUUGUCAAGAAACCAGUUCUCUGGUUUAAUUCCUCCUUCUUUGGCUCAAAUUGACCGUCUUUCCAUGUUGAAUUUGUCUUAUAACAACCUGUUUGGAAGAAUUCCAAUUGGCACACAGUUACAAGGUUUUGAUCCUUCAAGUUAUGAAGGGAAUGUCGGUCUUUGUGGGAAACCACUUGUCAUAAAGUGUCCAGGAGAUGAAAAAGUUACACCUCAGAAACCAGAAACACCUAAAGAAAGUAGUCUAGAAGAUAAGAAAUCAAUCUAUUUGAGUGUGACAUUGGGAUUUAUCACAGGAUUUUGGGGCCUUUGGGGUUCAUUGUUGUUCAUCCAAACUUGGAGACAUGCAUAUGUUUUGUUCUUGAACAACAUAACUGACACAAUGUAUGUGUUUAUGGUGCUCAAUGCAACUAAAUUUCAAAGGUGGCUUAGAGCUUUGUUGGAAAAAUUUGUCUAAGCAUCUCCUAUUGUACCAUUUGCAACAUUGUUGAAGAAAGGUAGGAGAAGAAGUAGAUGAUGUGAUAAGACAAAUAUAAACGAGUUUAAAGUUCUACGUAUCAAUAAUUUAAAUAAUUAAAAGAGGCAAAUGCUGAUGAUGAUGUAGGAGUGCUGAUGAAGAAGAGUCACACUCUAUUGCAGUCAUCUGAGAGUAAUUCAUUCCACGUUCACAAACAUAUCACACCUCUUUUGUGUGUUGUGUUUUAUUAAUAGAGAUUUGCACCUCUUUUUCUUCCACUCAAAUGCAUUUCCCAGUUGUAUUUCGCGUAUAACCGACUAUGCUCCAAAAAUAGCCCAAAGUUAGUGUGUUUAUAUAAUUGUGGAUAAAAAAUUCCUUCUCUU